CAUGUCGCUUCUGUAGCGUCAAUUCCCUGAGCAAAGACCUCUGAGAUUCCUGUCUGUGUGCGAUAGUGCUUAAUUAUUUAUCAACAUUCCUUUUUUUAUCAACAAUAAUAUCCUACAACAAAUGUUAACAAUUGUUAUAUAAUUUACUACGAAAAUUAUGGAUAUCGAAACGGAAAAUGUAAUAAAUCUGGUAUUUCCUGGAGGUAUUCCAGAAUUGUGGAAAGAGAAUCCUGAAUUUUAUCAAUAUCUCUCAAAACUUGGUGGCUUUGAUGUAGAUCAACUAAGUAAAGAACCUGAUCACUUGUCUGACGAGAAAAAUGCAGUGCUUCAAACUACACAGGAGUUAGUUUUUGCAAAUUACAAAACCUUUAUUCAAACAGCAGAAAGUUCACGAGAGAUACUCAAUCAUUUCAAUGAGACUGAGAGCCGUCUCGACAAGCUUGUACAAAAGAUUCCGGAAUUCGUGGAGAAGUGUCAAUCGUUUUGCGACACUUCGAAAGAUAUUAACGCGCAUCGAAGAUUGAACAGUUUGACGUUAACACGAAAUGCGGAGUUACUCGAAAUUCUUGAAAUGCCCCAAUUAAUGGAAUCCUGUUUGAGGAGCAACCAAUACAACGAAGCGCUGGAGUUGUCUCAAUACGCUCGUCAAUUAGGAAUGAAACACGGAGACAUUCCGAUUAUAUCGUCUAUAGUAGCAGAGAUCGAAAGCAGCUGGUCAGGGAUGGUGGGACAAGUAGUUGGCUCUCUGAGAGGGGAUCUACCGCUUCCAAGAUGCUUACAACUUGUAGGUUUGCUACGAUCCAUGGACGCAUUUACGGAAUCGGAGCUUCGUAUAAAGUUCCUUCAGGCGAGAGACAGCUGGCUCCAAAGCUUGCUAAAUGCCAUACCUAAAGAAGAUCCUAAUCUUCACAUAGCCAAAACGAUAGAACUCUCCAGGAUACAUUUGUUUAACAUAAUAACUCAGUACAAAGCUAUGUUUAACGACGAUGAAUUAACAAUUCCCGGCCGCGACUUGACGCUAAAUGAGUCCGCAAUAUUUUAUCAUUGGUUGGAAGAAAAGAUAUCGCAAUUCCUUGUUACGUUAGAACAAGAUUUACCUGGAGUAACGUCUAUAGAUUCCAUUUUGGGUCAGUGUACGUAUUUUGGAUUAUCGUUUGGUCGAGUGGGCGUCGAUUUUACUGGUCGAAUGUCGGAUAUAUUUGUACGCGUUAUCGGUGAAAAGUUCGAACAGAAUGUUCGUCGAACGACCAGGAAAUUUGAGAAAGACAUGGAAACGUUUACGCUGAUUAAUAAAACACAACGACUCGAUAUAAAAACCGAGAUCUCCAUUAAUGCUGAGAAUCCACCCGAACAACUAGUAGAAUUCUAUCCUUUGGCCGAAUAUUGCAAUGGAAUAAUAACAGCAUUCAACGAGUUGAGACUCUGCUCACCAGUUGCACUUUCUACCUUAUGUACAAAACUACUGCAAGAGUCUUUGCGUAGUGUGGCGAAGGCCAUGCUGGUAUUUUACAAGCAAGAACAACAAGCUUUCGCGGCCGCCGAGCGAGAAAACAUGAGCAAAUUUACAGAAUGUUUGAGCGAGCAAUUGAUUCCCUACAUACAAUGUUGCAUACACGCGAUCUUUCCACCCGCUCAAAUCGCGAUGCAUUUAGGAAUAUCAAUUGGUGCGCUCCAGAAAGAAGAAAUUACAUACUUGAAUAAGCAUAGUAUACUAGAACCUGUGACUGCACUUCUACCCGUUAAAAAAGACACUUUCAUUUCAACAUUGCCUAAUAUGCAGUCAUUAACGUCUCCGCCGGUAGAAGCUGUGAAUGCUCUCUCGAAAAAAGCUACUGCAGUUAAAACAGAGGAACCAGGAAAAGAAAAAGAAAUUGAUCAACAAAGAGCAUUAUCAAAAAGCAAUGUACAAAAUUCGCAAAAUGUCAAUGAUGUAAAUCGAAGUAUGUAAUCAUAAGCUUAGACCAAAUCUUCCUUUCUGAGGCGGGAGAUUGGCUUAGUGUCAAUGCUGACGUAAUAACACUAUACCGAUCGACAUCAGAUUCGAAUCUCGCCGUCUCACUUCUAGGUGGUUCGAAGUCUACCUUUCAAAAUUGUAAGUCCAUGAGAAAGAGUACAGAAGAAUAUAAGGAAAAAAAACAAAGGCUUUCUGUUUUAUAUCACAACAAAUAAAUAAAUUUUUUCGACUGCAAACCCAUGUUUAUUGAAAAUAAAAAUGCAUACACAGAGUAAUUAGGCUCUAAUGGGGAUGUCGAAAAUAUAUAUGAAAGGUUCGGAUGUAAAACGAGUAACAUGAAACUUAUCAACU